CGCGGUGUUUGUAUUUGAACAAGCUGGCGGGUGCCGGCCAUGGCGGCGUCACUCCCGCGACCCGGGAGUCGGCUCUUCCGAACGUAUGGGGCUGCGGGCGGCGGGGGGCCGUGGCGGCGGCCGGGCCAGGCAGCCGUGCAGUGGUUCCCGCCGAAAGACCGGAAACGUUUCUUCAGCAGCAGCAGUAGCAGCGACGCCAGCGGGGGCGGCCGCUCGCAGUCCGCGGCCUCUGACGAUCCUGACGACCCCGACUUCCCCGGCAGCCCGGUGGGUCGGCCGCGGAGGCGCGCUGGCAACCGACUCUCCAAGGACCCGCCGAGUCUGAUCGCGACCCCGAGACGUCUGAGGCUGCGAGCGCGGUGCCGGCAGAAGUGCAGCACCCCCUGCGGCCCGCUCGGACCGCCGCCCUUCCCCGAAGGCAACCCGGGCCGCCUGAGCCCGGACCUCAGUGUGUGCAGCCAGCCUAGGGACGACGGCGAGCUGGGCACCAGUGCCUCCCUGUUCAGCAUUCCGGCCUCUCCUGGCCCUGGCCCUGGCCCUGGGUCCCCAGCGCCAGGAUGCAGCAUCUGUACCAACUCCUCCGCCUCUCUGGAUGGAGUCUCUGAAGUUCUGAGCGGCUUCCCGCUCCCAGCAGCCUCCGUGGACCAGGCAUCUCUCCCCUGCUCCCAGGAGGCAGCGACAGCAGGAGGCAGGCUCACCAAGUUGGCCCACCAAGCCCAUGCCAGCCUCAGGUCAGCUCUCUUUAGCUUUUUGGACUCAGGAAAUCCUGAGGAUUCUGAAUUUGGGGCAGAUGGGAAGAAUAUGAGGGAGUCCUGCUGUAAAAGGGAACUAGUGGGAAGGAGGCUGGAGAGCCCAGGUUUAUCAAGCAUGGGUAAGAAAAUGGCCACAGGCCAGGACUGUUGUCGAGAGACUGGGUCUCAAGGGGCUGUCCAGAUGGAAUAUGAGGAGACCCGUGGGUGCAGAGGAGGUGUUGUACCUGGGAAAAUCAACAGGCCUGAGAGAACUGGGCCAAGCAGGAAAAGGAAGCAUCAGGAGACAGCAGAUACCUCCCUCCUCCAUCACCAGCAGUUUAAAAAGGGCCAAAAGAUGGAAAAAGAUUCAUUUGUCACCCAGGACCUGACUCAUGUACAGAAUGCCUGCUCUUGGACCAAAGCCAGGGCUUCCUUCAGUUUCCACAAGAAGAAGAUCGUGACUGCUGUGUCAAAAUUGUGCAGCACCUCCACCAUUGCCAGUUCUCUCUCUGAGUCCUUCAUAUCAGAAUUUUCAAACCCUCCUGUCACGAACAGAACAAACAGUGCUCUGUCCCCUUGGCACUCCUCCUCCAUGUAUUUGCUAACCCCCUUAAAGAUACUACAUGUCACGGACAAAAAGGCAUCUGAUGCAGAAAAGGUUUACAGGGAAUGCAAUCAGGAGGGGCCUGUCCCCUUCAGCUAUUGCCUGUCCACAGAAAAACUGAAAUGCUGUGAGAAGAUUGGCGAAGGGGUGUUUGGCGAAGUGUUUCAAACAGUUGCUAAUCACACACCUGUAGCCCUAAAAAUCAUUGCUAUUGAGGGGCCGGAGUUAGUCAAUGGAGCUCAUCAAAAAACUUUUGAGGAAAUCCUGCCUGAGAUCAUAAUCUCCAAAGAGUUGAGCCUCUUGUCGAAUGAGGCACACAACCGCACAGAUGGCUUUAUUGGGCUGAACUCGGUGCACUGUGUUCAAGGGUCUUACCCUCCCUUGCUCCUCCAAGCCUGGGAUCGCUAUAACUCAGCCAAAGGGUCUGCGAAUGACCGGCCUGACUUUUUUGAGGACAACCAGCUCUUCAUUGUGCUGGAAUUUGAGUUUGGAGGGAUCGACUUAGAGCAGAUGAGAACGAAGUUGCCCUCCAUCGCCACUGCAAAGAGCAUCCUACACCAGAUCACUGCGUCCCUCGCCGUGGCGGAGGCAUCCCUGCACUUUGAGCACCGAGACUUACACUGGGGGAACGUGCUUUUAAAGAAAACCAGCCUCAAAGAGCUCCAUUACACCCUCAACGGGCAGACGAGCGCCAUCCCCACCCGUGGGCUGCAAGUCAACAUCAUUGACUACACCCUGUCACGCUUGGAGCGGGACGGGAUCGUGGUUUUCUGUGACAUUUCCACGGACGAGGACCUGUUUACGGGAGAAGGUGACUACCAGUUUGAGAUCUACAGGCUAAUGAGGAAGGAGAACAACAACUGCUGGGGCGAAUACCACCCCCAUAACAACGUGCUCUGGCUGCACUACCUCACAGAUAAGAUUCUGAAGCAGAUGACCUUCAAGUCCAAGUGCAAUACCCCUGCCAUGAAGCAGGUGAGGAGAAAGAUCCAGCAUUUCCACAGGACCAUGCUGAACUUCAGCUCUGCCACGGACCUGCUCUGCCAGCACAGCCUGUUUAAGUGAGCAGGGGGCGCUGACCACCGCAAAGCCAGAGGGCACUGGCCUGGGAGCCCCUGGUGCUGUUGUUAACCUCUGUCCCCAGCGCACGAUGGGAGUUCCAUUCUGACAGGUUUCCAAUCAGCUUUUCAAAACGAGAGUUUUGUUUCCAAGCGGAAACUCAAAUGUUUGUUGAAAUGUUUAAACUUCACAAAUAUUCUCAGAAGAUAAACUACACUGUGAGAACAAGCGUUUACAACCGAAAAGUCCUCUUUCUGUCAGCUGACUCGGUUUUGUAAAUUCCGUGUUUUCCUUUUUUGAGCCUUGAUACUUUCUGUAGCCUGAGCAGGAAAAAAAAAAAAUCAGGAAAGCCCAAGGCCUCAGCUGCCACCCCAAUCAGAGCCUGUUGCUGUACCACAGGCUGGCUUUGGGAACUGUUACUGGUGAGGCAUCAACCAACAGCAGAGAGGCUGUGGCAAAGCAGAGUCCAAGGCAGACAGGCUGGAGGGCAAGAGGAAAGGAAAAUGGGAGACAGUUUAUAGGGAGAAGUGCAAGAACUGCCACAUGUUUAUCAAGCUCAUUCACCAAUCACAGAGAAGCAGAAUUUACCAAUUUUCAAAGGGAAAAUAAAUGUCUCCAUGUCUACUUAAAAA